AUGGCGUCCAAUGAAGUAGUGGAGGAACACGAUGACGGCGACAACUUUAUAAAAGUCAAAUCUAAAAAGAGCCACAAGAGGAAACUCGACGCAGCUGAUAUGGAUACCGAGGGACCUGUAGCAAGCAAGAGGCCGCAAUUUCCACCCAUUUCUCUCGACAAACUAAGGGGGGCGGAUCAAAUGCGUAAAGUAGCCGUACCGGCUCACCGCUACACGCCCCUCAAGGAGAACUGGUUAAAGAUCUACACUCCUAUCGUGGAAAACCUGCAACUUCAAAUCAGAUUCAACCUGAAAACACGCAAUGUGGAGAUUAAAACUUGCAAAGACACACAAGACAUUUCGUCGCUCACCAAAGCAGCUGAUUUUGUAAAAGCCUUCAUUCUGGGCUUCCAGGUUGAAGAUGCGUUAGCCCUUGUAAGACUGGACGAACUCUUCCUGGAAUCCUUUGACGUCACAGACGUGAAACCGCUAAAGGGCGAUCACUUGUCGCGAGCCAUCGGCAGGAUCGCCGGCAAAGGGGGGAAAACCAAAUUCACCAUUGAAAACGUCACCAAGACUCGCAUCGUGCUGGCAGACACAAAAGUGCACAUUUUGGGCUCCUUUCAAAACAUUCGAAUGGCCCGCACAGCCAUAUGUAACCUCAUCUUAGGAAGUCCACCUUCCAAAGUGUACGGCAACAUCCGAGUGGUCGCCAGCAGAGCUGCGGAAAGAUUUUGA